GCUGAGGUGGCCGCUCCCGCUGCUGCUGCUCCUGCUCCUGCUGCUGCUGCUCCUGCUGCUGCUGCCGCCGCCACCGCGGCUGUUUGGGGUGAUCGCGCCCCGGAACAGGCCGCCGCGCGCCGUGCACGGCCCCGCAGCCCCCGCCGGCCCGGCCGGGUCGGGCGGCCCAGGGCCGCACCUUCCUAUUUCUGCCCGGCCUCAGCCCGCCCGUCACAGUUGAGCACCUGUCUGCCUGAAGCUGAUUUCCAGGAGCAGGACCCCAGAGCUGGCCAGGGGAUGAACCGCGAGGGGGCUCCCGGGAAGAGUCCGGAGGAGAUGUACAUUCAGCAGAAGGUCCGGGUGCUGCUCAUGCUGAGGAAGAUGGGGUCAAACCUGACGGCCAGCGAGGAGGAGUUCCUGCGCACCUACGCCGGGGUGGUCAACAGCCAGCUGAGCCAGCUGCCGCAGCACUCCAUCGACCAGGGUGCAGAGGACGUGGUGAUGGCGUUUUCCAGGUCGGAGACGGAGGACCGGAGGCAGUAGCGACAGACCCCUCAGAACACCCUGGAAGCUGGCAAGGGCCAAGCGAUCCGCGUGGACCUCGUCCGGCCGAGUGGCAGCAAGCAGGUCACCUUCCCCACCCUCAGCACCCCACCCACCCCGCCCCACGGCCAGGCCACUCGGCGGGGCCACGUCCAGGGAGACUCCGGACGUGUGGUCCUCGUCGGCUUCAAGGGACGGACUCACGAUUGGCUGCAGGAAGAAACCUUUUUAUUUUUUAAAUCUUGACCAACAGAAACCUUUUAUUUUUAUUUCUGACUCUUACUUUUUUUUUUUUUUUUUUUUUUUAAUUCGCUCUUCGGUCUAUGGCUUCCCAAGAAGCUCUCCGAGCUCCGGUGCUUUAUUUGGGUCACUUUUUAGGAGCGUGAAGAUGUCGGAUUGGCUGGCUGAUGGGAAACGGCGUUUUUCUUUGAUUGGCUGCAGGUGUUCUGCCGACGGCACCAGCUUCUCCUCUCUUUUGAAUGCCGAAAACAGGGUUUGGGACAUUGGUUGUUAUAUUUGACUUGAAAAGAAAAAAAAAAGAAAGAAAGAAACCAAGUGCGCUUUGCAAUAUUUAUUACACAGAGCUUGCUGCUUUUACAUGUUUUGUGUUUGCAUUCGAUUGGCUCUCGGUAGGUGUGUGUUUUUGGUUUCCCAUCGGCUCGCCCGUGACCCCCUGCUGGCACGGCCUCUCCCCACCCUGCCCAGAGCGGUCCCUCUGCGGCUGGACGGUGCACUUGCUUUCGUGGCCACGCCUGGCUCUGCCAGCAAGGGGACCUCGAGGACCCCAAGCAGAUUCCACCGCUGGAAAAUGGGGCCCCCCAGGAGAUUUGCGUUGUCUUGAAGGAGCGGCCCGGGGCUUAGAGGUGACCGACUGUCAGGCAGGAUUUACGUGCAUCGCUCCCAGCAGCUGGCAGGCAGCAAGCCAGCUUCCCUGGCCGGGGUGGGACUGCUCCACCACCAGCCAGCCCCUCUGGCCCAGCACCUCUGUGCUAAGCCGAGGUGCGUGGUGCAGGGCUGCUCCUGUACAGGGAAGGAGCUGCUCUCCCAGCUGCGAUACCCCACCGUGUAGCACAGGUCUCUCUGCUCAGGGGCCCAGAACCCACCCACACACAGACCCCAGCUGGGCUCACAAAGCCUGCCAGUGCUUUGACCCCAAACACCGCCCCCCCCCCCCCCCCCCCCCCAGCAAGGCUCCAGAGGCGUCUGCCCCUGGGACCGCACAGGUCCCAGCCAGCACCCGGGUUCUCUCAUCCGGGCCUGUGCCUCUCACUGCUCCGCCCUCCAAAGGUCUCCCCGUGUGGUGUUCGUUUACAGAGCGCUUCCCUGAGCCAGGCCUGCCCAGCUGGUGCUCCAGCCCAGCCUGAGAAAGAGCUUGCAGUCUUCCCACCUGCCCUCCCCCUCCCCCUGGGGGCAGCCUUCACCCUCCCCUCAGGCAGACGCCUGUUCCUGCCCCCAGGACCCGGAACCGGGAGAAGACUCUCAGAACCAAACACCCCCCUUCUCAGGUCUGGGGCCGCCGUGGAGCACAGGGGCUGACUGUCACAAUGUCCCAGGUGGGAUCCCCAGAGACCCCUGUGGUCCGUGGGAGGGCCACGCUGUGCUGAGUCUCCAGUGUCGGGGGCCUGGACCCCGUGUCCUCCUGCUCCUCCACGCACGGGACCCUGGCCCUGGUGGCUGACUGUUAACUGCAAAGGCUGUUGGUCCCCAGGGGACAAGGACUGUGGGGACCCCAGAAGGGGCCUCAGAGCAUCUUGCUCCAGGGGGCGGUGUGUGCACGCCUGUGCAAGUGUGAGCACACACACACUCAUAAACACACUCACGCUCAGCUCAGUGCCCUGCAGCUCCAGCGGAGCCCCUGGGGAAGGUGCGUUUCUCCACCUCCCCUCCCCCCGGGUUGCAGCGUCUGUCCUCAGGUGUAGACGCCAGUGUCGCUGGCGGCCCCUGUCUUUGUACCUGUCGCUCCCGUCCGGGGUCCGUGCCAUGGCCCGUGCUAUGUCCUCUGCCCCAGCCUGUCCUUGUCAAGGUCACGCCCCCCCCACCUUGUAACAGUGGGGGCCCGAUCGGUCUCAUCUUCUGAAGGAGACAAGUGAAAGUGUUGCCGUGGCUUCUUAUUUCAA